AUGCCUCUCAAAUGUGCUAUGGUCUUCGCCUCAGGUGUGCUCGCCUACGCCCGGUCUCCCGACCCAGGUUACGAUGUGCUCGCUGUCCUCAGCGUCAUCACUGCUGGCACACGCCUCAGAACUCUUGUGAACCCUCUGAACACCAUCUCCCUUCUCUGCGCACUGCUGCGCCCGGUCCCAAGUCCGGGGUUGGAGGCACUGGCAGUCGCCAUCCUCCUGAAGCCGUCCAACAAGGGAAACGUGCUCUCCAAAGGGCCCUCUCGAGGGCAGAUCGUUGCGGCACUGCAAUGUAUCGUGGUCAUCGUAUUGAAGGCGGAUGCGUCUCCCAGACUACACUUUAUGAGUUGGAACGCCGGUGGGCUCUCGAGCGAGCGCUACCAGCAGGUUGCUCUGUGGCUGCGCACUCACGGCCAGCACCUGGCCAUCACGGUGAUUCAGGAGACACACUGGGCAUCUGACUUGACCUUCAAAAUAAUGGAGGGCUGGCUGGCUCUUGCUUCGCCUAGUCAGGACCGGGUCUCGGGCAUCUUAGUACUGGUGAACCUCCGAUUCUUCCAGCGUGACCAGAUCCAGCUCACCUCUGUCAUUGAAGGCAGGUUGGUUCACCUGCGUCUUGAAGGUAAUCCCUCCUUAGAUGUGGUUAUUGUAUACCAGCACCUCUACUCCAGUUCCAAAGCGCUCCCUGGUGCAGCGGGCCUCGAACAGGCCCUGCUCAGGGCAUACGCCGGCAGAGGCACGCAAAUCGAUUUUGCGCUCACGCGUCAGAUCACUGCUGAUGGCAUUGCCAGGCGCACAUGCCUGGACCCUCACUGCACCCUGCCCGACUACGAUCACUUCAACCCACAGUCCGAAGACUCAGCUGAUCCUGCACCUUUGGAGGCCGAGAUGAAGGAGGCUGCCAAGAAUCUCAAACUGCUCUGCGCCCAAAAUAGGCAACAUCGUAUUCAGCAGAUCUUGCAGGAAGCGGAGCAGGCUGCCCACAAAGGGAACUCCCCUCACUACUUCUGCCGCCUCUACCGCUCUUCCCUGCCGGAGCCUCAUCCACCGGGCCACUCUUUUGCCCCGUUCGAUGUGGAAGAGCUUACGGGUGUCAUUACGCAACUUCCCUCUGGCAAGGCUCUACCCUCCUGGCUUGCCCCAGCCCCGCUUUGGUCUCUUGCUGCAGCUCCUGUUGCGGACGUCAUUCACCCGGCCCUGACCCAAUGGCUCACUCACAUGACGGACCCCAUGCCGGGACAAUGGCCAAAAUCUUCGCUGUGCCUUUUGGCCAAACCGUCGAAGCCUCCGAAAUGUCCUGAGAACCUCAGGCCUAUCGCUCUUCUGCAUCCGGUUUCGAAAUGUUUGGCGAAACUGGCGGCGGGUCUUCUGCGCCCGACUGUGCAGCAUCUUGCCACGCGUUUCCCCCAGUUCGCUUACAUUGGGGGUCGAUCUGUGGAAGACUCUAUCGAACGCGCGUGUUCCCGCUGCGCUGCUGUACGCACCACUCUUGAAGCGCAAAAGUAUAACAUUCACCUUCGUCGCCAAGGGCACGUUACGGGGAAAUGUAAGGGAGGGAUCACCCUCUCCUUGGAUCUCUCCCGGGCGUUUGAUUGCUUGCCGCGAGAGAUCCUGCACAAAGCUCUUGUCUUUGCGGCUGUGGAACCCACGCUCAUCGACCUCAUUCUCCACAUCCAUCGUCAAGUCCAUGAGCCUGAAGACAUUCUUCGCAUCUUGCAGGACAUUGCUUUCAUCAUUGACACCCUGACCUCCCUUGGUAUGUCAGUAAGUGACUCGAAAACAGUGAUCCUCGAUGGUCUCCGAGGCCCCGCCAAGUCCAGACUCCUGCGUCCACUUCUACAGCGCCAUAAGGACAAGGGCCCUUGUCUUCGAGUGAUGUGUGCCACUGGACCAUUAGACCUGCCCUUUCGCAAGCAGCAUCCCUACCUGGGCAUAGUGCUAAGCUACGACUGCUUCGAGAAGCUCUCCCUCCAAACAAGGAUCAAGCAGAGUUGGGCCAACUUCAGCCGCCUCUUCUCUCUGCUCAGAUCCAAGCACAUCCUGCCCACUCAGCGCUUGCAGCUCUGGACUGCUUGUGUGUUCUCCACGCUGAGAUACGGCCUCACCAGUACUGGCCUGCCUCCUCGAGGCCCUGAUCUCAUUCGUCAAGUAGUGGCCAAGCAGGUCCGACUUGUGCUCAAAUCCCCAAGCUGGAUCACUCAUGAAACCACUGCUGACCUUUAUGCCAGGUUCCGCUUCCAGGACCCCAUUGUCCAGCUAUCCAAACAGUUGCAAUCGCGUCAGUCUCGUCCCUCCCUCAGCAUUGAGGCCUUUGACACCCCUGAACGACUGCAUUGGAGGGCUGCUCUCCCUGCGUCCUUUGUGUCGGCCACAUCUGCCCCCUCGACUUCUACCACGCAGCCUGGACGUGAGACCUCUUGCUGCAGCCUCAUGGAUGUUUCGGGCAUUGUUACGCGCACCUAUGCAUGCCCUCACUGCCCGCAAACCUUCCCUACACUGAUCGCCCUUCGAACUCACUGUACCAAAUCACAUGGGCCAUCAUCUGACCAAGCUGUCGCACCUCCUGUAGAGCCUGAUGCUCCACCUGUCUCGACCGAGACCACGACAUCUCCUGACAGUGCGGCCGCCACCUUGGUUUCCUCCACUGGCGCGGGUGUCCCUCACUCUCGACCUCCUUCGCAACAACAACUAAGGGCACGCUUCAUGCACUUUGCUAAGGAUGGGAUGCCCCACUGCACCCUGUGCAACCGGAAGUUUGCUGCCUGGCCACCCUUCCUUAAUCAUCAUUACACCAAUUCCUGCCCGGCUCAGGUCCACGACGACUCCUUGAUCAAGAACCCUGCUGCGCCUGCUGCCUCCUCCUCUGUCUCGGCCGUGAAUCCUGAUUCCAGUGCUGAUCACUCCGAGCUUCCUGCGACCUCACCAGCACAGGCUGAUGCCUCCUCUCCCACGGUCGCUCACUCGGAUACACUGCCGCUCCUUCAAAGACCUGACAUUCGUGCUCUGGCUCUUCAGGAUGACUGGCAGCCCCUGGCUCGUCAGCUUCGCUCCAUGCAUACCGGCCAAGGGUUGAAGCACUGCCCUGUUUGUCAUCAGUGGUUCACUCGCACGCAAGACAUCUUUCGUCAUCUGAAGCGUCAGCACCCACUCCCUGUGAUUCUUGAAUCUCUGCGAGCUGACUGGCUCACAGCGCGCACGGCAGCAGCACGCUCACUCUGUAGCUGGUGCAGGCUCACGGCUCUGGGCAGCGGUCUCUCUCUUCAGGAGGCCCAGAGACAGGAGGUACAGGCAGAGCUGCAGCUGCUCCAGUGUUGGGGCGAGGGAGCCUUGAGCAUGGGUAUGGAGCUGGACGUGGCGAACAAACGCCACGAGAUGAAAGAUGCGGAGGACCCAGCCAAGGAACGGGACUCGAAAUGGGCCAGACCGGAAUCCAAGGGUGGUUUCGGCCGGGGAGGGCGCGGAAAGGGCAACCAGCAGGGUCAGCCCAAGAAUCCAGGCCCACGCAGACAGCCGAUUCGCAGAUCGACAGAGGCCGACACCAGAGCCCCGGAGGGAAUGAUGUGGCUGCUGGGCAAACUUCUUCUACGUCACGAGGACCAAAUGGGCAUAGACAGGACUCGAAACAGCUUUGUCAUGUUCUUCAAGAAAGACAGCGCACUUUCUCUGGUCCCUCUGUUCGUGCAGAAAUCUCAGCACUGGCAUGCUUUGAAGGAGCAGAAGCAGGAGAAGAUGGACGAGAUUGCGAUGCCUCUAAGAUCCUUCCUACUGCACACCAUGCUGGAGACUCUCGUGAAGAGAAUCAAGGAUACAGUAAAGAACGAGGAGCAGCUGAAAACAGCAACCACCCUCCAGGUGUUCUUGCCGAAGGAGGGCGAUCUGGAGCUUCGUAUUCCCUUCUUGAGCUACAAUCCCGAGACCAGGGCUCUGGUACCUCGUCAGGAUCAGGAACCCAUCUACGUUUCCAAGAUGCUCGAGAAGCUGCAACUACUCCAGAAGCAGUGUCUCUGUCCUCUGGCCAUCAUGCGCUUCCACUCCACCCAGCGCCUCAAUGGCCCACUUCAAGGACCUACGGUCCCCUUCCUCCUGCAGGUGGGCUUUCGAUCGCCGGAAGCGGCCGAGCUCUAUCUGAGCCUCCGAUCACUGGCCAACUCAGCAAUCUGGCAGCUGGUGGGCGGCUCCUUGCGCCCAGAGAAGAUGGGCCGCUCAGCCCUUGCAGCCGAGCUCGCCCGUCGCCUACAAGGGCCCUGCACUCAGACUGUCUCUAUGUCCAGACACCUGCGCUUCUCCGCAUCGCGAACUCCUCCAAUCACUGCUAUGCUAAUUCGGUUCUCUGUUGCCUUCAGUGGGCCAACCAACUGUUAUGUGAUAUGGUCUGAGGCCAUGCAUUCAGUCGUGCGGCGAAUGGUCACACAGGCGCCUGCGCCAGAUCUUUGGUCCUCCCUUCAGUGGGCACUUCUCCAUGCUUCCUGGACCCGCCCACACUCUCAACAUGAUGUCGCUGAGUAUCUCGUCUUCUGUCGCAGGUUUGUCAUUCCGGACCUGCUCAUGGGCAGGUGGCAAAACCGCCUUAUCAUUGCAGAUGACAACCAUCCUCGCUGCCAGGUGCGCGACUGUGGGGACGCAUGGCCCAUGCUCCUUGCUAUGCCUCCUUCUCAGUGUCGCCGGAGUCCCGACAGUAGACUCACGAUACAACGUCUUAUUCAUGCCUGGAAGGAUCAAGCAGCUGCUGGUCUCACUGCCCUGGACAGUGAGCCGAGUCUUUUGGUUUUGCAGAUUAACAGGUUUAGCACCACGGCCAAUGGGGCCAAGGAUGACACACAUGUGCUGCCGGAUCCCCGCAUCUUGCUACCAUGCUUUCAGCAUCGCCCCCUUCCGCAUGACUCCGCCCUUACUGUCCGAUACUGCGAGUACCAACUGAUUGCAGUGAUUUCACAUGAGGGUCCAAAUGCAGCCUCCGGUCACUACCGUGCCCUCCUCUGCACAUAUCCUCCGGAUGCGGAGCCGACCUUCUGGCAAUGCGAUGACUCAAAAGCGCCGAUCAUCCAGUCCGUGAUGUCUUCGCAUACCUUGGCCACUGGUUACUUGUAUUUCUACUGCCGUACCAUGCAGUCUACUGCAGCUUCGGACCUUUGA